UCAUAAACGAGUUUGUGAAUGAGAAGAGCGAGUGUACGAUAAUGUUUCGUUAUGAGAUUGAGAAGACGAUUGCUAGGAUCUGGUUGGAACCUUCUAGAAGAAGUUCGAAACGGUAAAAUCGAUGGAUCUUUGUGGUGUUAACGUGAAGAACCUUUUCCACACAAAUUCAUUUUGCUACAGACCAAUUUCGUCCUCCACCAAAUCUCGGAUUUCUUCAUCCUCUACAGUUUUUGAGAUCACAAGAGUUUUGAGGCACACAAACUCCUCACAGUAUCGCUCAUUUGUUGUCACUGCUUCCAAAAACAAGAAUAAUCAUAACAACAACUCUUCCUCUGAUAAUGGUGAACAGUCUAUUCCAGAAGGAGAUGGUAUUAAAGGCAAAAAGAAUGGUGAUAAAUCAAAUGACAACUCCGAGAAGAGUCAUCAUAUUAAACUGGAUUGGCGUGAAUUCAGAGCAAAACUAUAUAGAGAUGAGCAGAAAGAAAUAGCAGAUACUGACACACACAAACAAGGUGGGACAUUACACAAUUCUAAACCUCUUGGAACAAAGUGGGCUCAUCCUAUUCAUGUGCCCGAGACUGGCUGUGUACUUGUGGCUACUGAAAAGCUUGACGGUGUUCACACCUUUGAAAGAACUGUUGUUCUCCUUCUCAGAACUGGAACUAGACACCCACAAGAAGGGCCUUUCGGAAUUGUCAUCAACCGUCCUCAUCACAAAAAGAUUAAGCACAUGAAACCUAGAAAUCAUGGUUUAUUAACCACCUUCUCUGACUGUUAUCUACAUUUUGGUGGACCUCUUGAGGCAAUAAUGUUUUUGCUAAAAUCAGGGGAUAAUUUGAAACUUCCAGGAUUUGAACAGGUAGUCCCUGGGCUGUGUUUUGGAGCUCGAAACAGUUUGGAUGAUGCAGCAGGGCUGGUGAAGAAGGGGAUUCUGAAGCCUCAUAAUUUCAGUUUCUUUGUGGGUUAUGCUGGAUGGCAAAUGGAUCAGUUGAUAGAUGAGAUUGAGUCAGAUUAUUGGUAUGUAGCUGCAUGUAGCUCAAGUUUGCUAUGUGGGGCUUUGUCAGAUUCUUCUGAAGGUUUGUGGGAGGAGAUUUUGCAGCUGAUGGGUGGCCAAUACUCAGAAUUGAGCCAGAAGCCAAAGCAAGACCCAUAGCCUAGGAGGUAAAAUGGCGGUGUUACGAAUCUAUGUGCAGUGGAAGUUCGCAUUUAUGUCAGUCAAAUAAAAGGAGGAAUGAUACUUUUUGUAAGUAUGCUUGAUUGAUAGUAGUAGUUGCAUGUAAGUAUGAGAUUAGUUUUGCAUUAGUCGUAGUUGUAUCCAAAGAACAAACACAACAAAUGUCUGCAGUGAAAAAAACCCAACAAUAACCGGUAAUCUUGUCAUUUUGCAGAGAAUUACUAGCUUUAGUUUGUUUAUGCAACUUGAUAAACAUGUAUUGUGUUUAGUACGAAUGAAUGAAAAUUGUAAAGUCACUUCA